GCCUGCUCGGUGGAUCGCUGGUGGAUUAGUUCUGUCUGUUCCCCGGUGUGUUGUCGCUGUUAGCUGUUAGCUGUUAGCACCUGCUGCUGCUGCUGCUGCUCCGCUACGUUUCUGCUGCGUUUCAUCUCCUGCUAACCGGUUCGAAACAUAAACCGACGUCUCUGCCGGAUAAAUAAACGCAGAGCCCGGCAGGAAUCAUGUCCACCGCCCUGGAGAGCUACAUUAACCGUACUGUGGCCAUCGUCACCUCAGACGGCAGGAUGAUUGUGGGCACACUGAAGGGCUUCGAUCAGACCAUCAACCUGAUCCUGGACGAGAGUCACGAGCGGGUGUUCAGCUCCAGUCAGGGGGUGGAGCAGGUGGUGCUGGGACUCUACAUCGUCAGAGGGGACAACGUGGCCGUGAUCGGGGAGAUCGACGAGGAGACGGACUCCACUCUGGAUUUAGGAAACAUCAGAGCCGAGCCGCUCAACUCCGUCGUCCACUGACCUCUGACCCCCCUCCUCUCUCUCCAGGGCGAAAGAUGACGGCGUGACCCAGUUGUUUUACAGGAGCCCGUUUGCAGUCGCAGGUUUACAGAGUUAUCUGGGUCAGCUGAGACUGAUGAUAAAUAAAAAAAGAAACUCCGUGUACCUUCUUCCACUAACAGACUCCUGCACGACAUUCUUCUGUUUGUGUUUUUUUUAUAAAUAAAGUUUGGACUUGCUCCGAGUUGUUAGAUGAA